CCCAACGUCAGAGCCGCCCAGCCUGCUCGCUGAUUCAAACUGAGAGCAGAGUUUCGGGGCUUUGGGAAGCCGGCGAAGGGACGGGAGCCAGGCAGCCGAGGCCCAGGGAGCGCCGAUUCCCUCGCCCGGUGCUUCCCUCGCCCGGUAGGAUGAUUCCUCCGAGCAGCCACCGGGAGGACUCGGGGCAGGAACUGAAUAAAGAAAACCAGGACGACAGCAGCGCUGAUCGCCCUCCGUCCCCAGCAUCGACCCCCAGCCAGGAAUCCAAGCUGCAGAAGCUAAAACGGUCGCUUUCUUUCAAGACCAAAAGUUUGCGGAGUAAAAGUGCCGACAACUUCUUCCAAGGGACCAGCAGUGACGGGAAGCUAGCAGCGGACACACUGCCCGAGAUCCCGGUCGGCGGCGGGAGCCAGCCCCGAGGCGCAGGGAGCCUGGGCGCCACGCCCACCAGAGGGCGGCUGCAGCCCCCGGCGGGCAGCGGGGCCCACGCCUUCCAGGAGCACCUCUUCAAGAAGCCCACCUUCUGUGACGUCUGCAGCCACAUGAUCGUAGGGGGCAAUGCCAAGCAGGGUCUGCGCUGCAAAGCGUGCAAGAUGAGCCUCCACCACAAGUGUGCAGACAGCCUGGCACCCCAGCGCUGCAUGGGCAAACUGCCUAAAGGGUUCCGGCGCUACUAUAGCUCCCCCUUACUCAUCCAGGAGCAGUUUGGAUGCAUCCGAGAAGUCAUGCCCAUUGCCUGUGGCAACAAGGUGGAUCCAGUGUACGAGGCUCUCCGAUUCGGCACGUCCCUGGCCCAGAAGACCAAGAAGGGAAGCUCAGGGAGUGGAUCCAGCUCUCCCACCCGGAACUCUAUCUCAGACCUGGGAGAGGUCCCAGAGGAACUGCCAGGAGUCCUUUCUGAUCCAAGCCGGGGGCGCAGCAACAGCGUGUUUACGUAUUCAGAAAACGGCUCCGGCGACAUCAGAGAACACUUGAAGACCACAAAUGGCCCAGUACUCACCAAAGGGUCUCUGCACAAAGACACCUCACAGACCAGCACCUAUGUUGCCUUGUACAAAUUUGUCCCCCAGGAGAAUGAAGACUUGGAAAUGAGGCCGGGAGACGUGGUCACUCUCCUCGAGGACUCCAAUGAAGACUGGUGGAAGGGGAAAAUCCAAGACCGAACUGGGUUUUUUCCCGCCAACUUUGUUCAGCGUGUGCAGCCGGAUGAGAAGAUUUUCAAGUGUGUCCGGACCUUCAUUGGCUGUAGAGAGCAGGGACAGAUCACUCUGAAAGAGAGCCAGAUCUGUGUGACCUCAGAAGAAGGACGGGAUGGCUUCAUCAAGGUCUGCAGUGGCAGAAAGAAGGGCCUGGUGCCGCUGGACAUCCUAGAAAACAUCUGAUUUCUGUGCCCCACUUUAUGCAGUGAAAAGCUUGGCUAGCAAUGGCCAACAGCCUCUUCAUACGGACACUGUCUGUUCUGAUGACCCCCGGGGGACAGUGAGACUGUGAGAGCGCGCACUCAUGCACACACGCGCACACACACACACACACACACACACACACACACACACACACACACACCAGGCUGCUGAGAAACAACAAGAAUGACAACAAAAGAGAGGAUUUGUUGAGGAAAUGUAACAGAAAGUAGGGGCAAUGCCCCUUCACAGGGAGAACUUGGGGGAUGGGGGCAGGAAGUGGUUGGAAUUUAAAUAUGGUUGUCUAAUGAAGAAACCCACUAGUACCUGAGGUAACCCUGUGUUACCAGGACCCAGGCAGCUGAACCUGACCUCUGGACCAAGUACAGUCUGAUGGUUUUGGUCCAGUUUGACACGAGCUCCAACUUGCUGUCCAUAGUAUCAGUCCAACAUUGUAGCAUUUUAAACUGGCCAGCUUAGCUCUUGGGAGCCCACCAAGGGGAGAGACAACUGAGUCUAGAAGCUCAUUAGGUUAUCUGAUUGUCAGGAAAUACAGUGGCCUACUGUGGUGUUCUCUCUCUCUCUCUCUCUCUCUCUCUCUCUCUCUCUCCCUCUUUCUGUCUGUCUCUGU